AUGUUUGGGCUGGAGAGUCUGAGUCGGAGGAGACGGGUCCUGGCGCAGGUGUAUCUCUGGGGCCUGGUCCGGGGUCGGGUGGACGACGCGAACUCGCGAGCUUCUCCAAAGGAUUGUGUAUUAACAGGCAGCAAACCUUCUGGCAGAAAGGUCUACAGAGUGGAACGCUUCUUUAAGGUCAAUUAUUUUGGCGCACUUGUUCACUGCACGACCCAUGGUGGAAGAUUGGCGAGUAUUGAGUCUAAAGAAGAAAUUAAAUUGAUCAAAGAAGCGAUUGGUAAAUCAGGAAUCCGGAACGACCAAUUCUGGAUUUCCGGAACGAAUUUGCCUCUGGGACAAUGGGUCUGGAUGUCUUCAGGAGAGCCGCUGCUUCCAGACUAUUCAGACUGGGAGCCUGGGGAACCCAACAAUGCUGGAGACGAACGUUGCUUGGAGUUUUAUGAGAAGGAUAACAAUGGCUACAUGUGGAACGAUAAGAACUGUAUGGAGCAAAUUUAUCCUAUAUGUGAAUAUUUUGAAUAGGACCAAUGUGUUAGUAGAUUAUUUUUUACAAUAAAGCGAAUUCAGACAUG